CCAUCCCGUGCCAUCCGAACCCAUCCCAUCCCACCCCGGCGCGGCGGGCAGGCGGCGCUCUGCGGCCGGGCUGUGCGGGGCUCCGGGGCGGCGCGCUCCGCUCUUCCUCCUCCUCCUCAUCCUCCUCCUCCGCGGCGGCGGCGCCGGGCAGAUGCGGCGGAUCGCGGGGCGGCCGUGGCCCGCAGCGGGCUCCCGUCCCCCCGCCGGAGCCAUGGACGGCCGCGGGGGCAGCAGCAGCAGCCGCGCGUAGCUCGUGUCUGCAAUCCUUGGGACAGCAAAGUGUCUUGCAAAGGAGGUGGAGAAAUAUAACCAGGAUUCCUUGUGGUGUCUUAACUUCCCUUGGACUUCUUAGAGCCUCACCCAGCGUUGUAAUUCCAUCCCUCGUGCUUCUUGGUGUACGGCAGGUGAAGGAAGGCAUGCCCCAAACGCUGAGUUCUACCAGUAUGUUUACCCCAUGUGGCUUCAACCCUCAUCUACAUACUUCAAAAGAAGGUGAACAAGGAGGGCUGAUCUUCCAGGAUGGAAACCUUACCUCAGCUUCUCUGGAUGCUCUAAUCCAGCAUCUGAUACCUACCACUGAUUACUACCCUGAAAAAGCCUAUAUCUUUACAUUCCUGCUGAGUUCCAGACUCUUCAUCGAACCCCACGAGCUUUUGUCCCGAGUUUGUCACAAGUGCAUUGAGCAGCAGCGGCUGGAUGACCCCGUGCUGGACAAGGCUCGAAUCAGAAAAUUUGGACCCAAAAUCUUACAGUUGCUGACAGAGUGGACAGAGACAUUCCCCUAUGACUUUCAGGAAGAGCGGAUGAUUGGCCAUCUGAAAGACAUGAUUCACAGGAUAGCCCCAUGUGAUGAGGCUUACUGGAAAAAGAUGAAUCAGCUUUUGCAAGCCCUGAAUCAAAAGCUUGCAACCCUCAGCCAUGGGCAAGAAGGGAUUGUCAAGAUCAGUACUGCUGUCUCUGAUAAGCUGGUUGCCUUUAAAACUAAACCUCCAUCAAUUCAGAGAGAAAUCCUGAGCGUCUGCAGUGACCCUUACACCCUGGCUCAGCAGCUGACACAUGUGGAGCUGGAAAGACUAAGUCACAUUGGACCUGAGGAGUUUGUACAGGCGUUUGUACAUAAGGACCCUCUGGAUGGCACCAAGACUUGUUUCAGUGAACAGAAGAAGACAAGUAACCUUGAGGCCUAUGUGAAAUGGUUCAAUAGACUCUGCUAUCUCGUAGCAACAGAAAUUUGCAUGCCUGCAAAAAAGAAGCAGCGAGCACAAGUCAUCGAAUUCUUCAUUGACGUUGCCCGAGAGUGCUUUAACAUAGGGAAUUUUAAUUCACUGAUGGCAAUCAUUUCUGGAAUGAAUAUGAGUCCAGUUUCCAGGCUAAAGAAGACUUGGUCAAAAGUGAAAACAGCCAAAUUUUUCAUUCUCGAGCACCAGAUGGACCCUACUGGCAACUUCUACAACUACCGGACAGCGCUGCGGGGGGCUGCGCACAGGUCGCUCACCGCGCACAGCAACAGGGAGAAGAUUGUGAUCCCCUUCUUCAGCCUACUGAUCAAAGACAUUUAUUUUUUGAAUGAGGGAUGUGCUAAUCGCCUUCCAAAUGGACACGUCAACUUUGAAAAAUUUCUGGAACUGGCUAAGCAAGUAGGAGAAUUUAUAACAUGGAAGCAAGUGGAGUGUCCAUUUGAGCAAGACCCUAACAUCAUCCACUACUUGCACACUGCCCCUAUUUUUACUGAAGAUGGUUUGUAUCUGGCUUCCUAUGAAAGUGAAAGUCCGGAAAACCAGACAGAAAAAGACAGGUGGAAAUCCUUAAGAUCCACUAUUUUAGGAAAGACUUGAAGAUUGAGAGAUUAUUGCAGUAGGUCAAGGAAAAGAAAUCCGCAAACAUUUUGCACUACUGAUUCCAAAGAUGCCUGUUUGGGAUUUAGACAAUUUCUUUUGUUUGAGUUUUUUGUUGGGUUUUUUUGACUGCCUAACAUGAUGGAUGAACUGGAUUCAUCCACUGAAAUCAACAGAACUGUGUGCACAAUGAUGCUUUUCUAACUAUGAGACAGAGAGAGGAAAGACAAACAGACUAUUUGUGGCUGUGCCCAAACUGCGUCAGGAUCACUGUAAUAUUGCCUCUGAAGGAAAAUGCAAGAAAACCAGGAGCAGGGAGAAUCAUCGUACUGCAACAGAGAAUGGAAAAGCGUAAAAAAGGAGAGCAAAAAUACACACGAGUAUUUCAGAAGCAGGUGCUUCAGACAGCAGUUCUUUAAACCUCUGAGGAUUGUAAAAUCAAAUCAAAGACAGACAACAGCAAUCUGGUUAAUUGCUGAAUGAAGAAAAAAUAACUUAAUCUUGCAUUAGCAGUCCUCCAGCCUUGUUGAACAAAGCACUGACUGCUGCAGGUUUGAGCUGGCAGGGAUGAGGACUGACACUGCUCACACACAUCUGUCACAUCCAGGCCACGUCAGCACAGGAGCGUGGUCCUGACCCGAGGGUUUUCCAGAGAACAGCCUGCAGUGUGACUCCUCCUUAGUUAAUCUCCCCACCGCUGUCGUUGUUUUCCUUAUUGUGAAUCUGGGCCGGUCUGAGGAGGGCACAGAGGUUGAUGGUGCUGCUUAAAGACACCCCCACCACUUCUGAGGUUGAAUGAAGAAGCAAA